AUGGCGGCCACCGCUGCAAAAGCCGCAUUCACCACCGUCCAUUCUUCUCCACAACCUUCUCCGACCCCAAACCACCUUUCCCGGUCCACUUUACCAUUCUCCUCACACCCCAACAACCCCUCCAAACGCCAUCUCCGUCCACUUCGAAUCUCAUCUUCCAUCUCCAACUCUACACAACAACAAAUCCCUCCCCUACCCUCAACCCAACAUUUCACUUCCCGAUUUGCCCUCGACGAGGCUCGAAAAGGCGCCGAUAUCCUCGUCGAAGCUCUCGAACGUCAAGGUGUCACCGAUGUCUUCGCUUACCCCGGCGGCGCGUCGAUGGAGAUCCACCAAGCACUCACGCGCUCCACUUCCAUCCGUAACGUCCUUCCCCGUCACGAACAAGGUGGAAUCUUCGCCGCAGAGGGUUAUGCUCGAUCCUCCGGCCUCCCUGGCGUCUGCAUCGCUACUUCCGGUCCCGGUGCUACGAAUCUCGUCAGUGGCCUCGCUGAUGCCAUGCUUGACAGUGUUCCUCUUGUUGCCAUCACCGGCCAAGUUCCCCGGAGAAUGAUCGGAACUGAUGCGUUUCAGGAAACUCCGAUUGUUGAGGUAACUAGGUCAAUCACGAAGCAUAAUUAUCUUGUUCUAGAUGUAGAUGAUAUACCUAGGAUAGUGAAUGAAGCGUUUUUCUUAGCUAGUUCUGGAAGACCUGGACCUGUGUUGAUUGAUAUACCUAAAGAUAUUCAGCAACAGGUUUCGAUUCCUGAUUGGAAUCAACCUAUGAGGUUAACAGGGUAUAUGACUAGGUUGCCGAAAGCACCGUCUGAGGCUCAUUUAGAGCAGAUUGUGAGGUUGAUUUUGGAAUCUAAGAAACCUGUUUUGUAUGUUGGUGGUGGUAGUUUGAAUUCUAGUGAGGAGUUGCGGCAAUUUGUUGGGUUAACUGGGGUUCCGGUUGCGAGUACUUUGAUGGGUUUGGGUUCAUACCCGACUACUGAUGAGAAUUCAUUACAAAUGCUUGGGAUGCACGGAACUGUUUCUGCUAAUUAUGCUGUUGAUAAGAGUGAUCUUUUGCUUGCAUUUGGGGUUCGGUUUGACGAUCGGGUUACCGGGAAGCUCGAGGCCUUUGCUAGCCGGGCGAAGAUUGUUCAUAUUGAUAUUGACUCUGCUGAGAUUGGGAAAAACAAGCAGCCUCAUGUGUCGGUCUGUGGGGAUUUGAAGUUGGCAUUGAAGGGGAUUAAUCGCAUUUUGGAGAGCAACGGGACAGCGAGUAAGAUUGAUUUUGGAAGUUGGAGAGAAGAGCUGAAUGAGCAGAAACUUAGUUUUCCGAUGAGUUAUAAGACGUUUGAUGAAGCUAUUCCUCCGCAGUAUGCUAUACAGGUUCUUGAUGAGCUUACCAAUGGGGAAGCUAUCAUAAGUACUGGUGUUGGACAGCACCAAAUGUGGGCUGCUCAGUUUUACAGUUACAAGAGACCUAGGCAGUGGUUGACUUCUGGUGGUCUUGGCGCUAUGGGAUUUGGAUUGCCUGCUGCCAUGGGAGCUGCCGUCGCUAAUCCUGACGCUAUCGUGGUUGACAUUGAUGGUGAUGGAAGUUUUAUGAUGAAUGUUCAGGAGCUGGCCACUAUAAAGGUGGAGAAUCUUCCCGUUAAGAUAUUGUUGCUGAACAAUCAACACUUGGGUAUGGUUGUUCAGUGGGAGGAUCGGUUCUAUAAAGCCAACAGAGCUCACACAUAUCUGGGAGACCCAGCAAAUGAGAAAGAAAUAUUCCCCAAUAUGUUGAAAUUCGCAGAUGCUUGUGGUAUACCGUCAGCUCGUGUGACAAAGAGGGCAGACCUUAGAGCAGCAAUUCAGAAAAUGCUGGAUACCCCCGGCCCUUACCUUCUUGAUGUCAUUGUACCCCAUCAAGAGCACGUGUUGCCAAUGAUUCCCGCCAAUGGAUCCUUCAAGGAUGUCAUAACUGAAGGUGAUGGAAGAAUAAGUUACUGA